CUUAUUAUAGGUUAGCCGCACUAAACUGGUAUUUUCAAUUAACUAAUUUUAUUAUUUUUAACUUGUAUAUCUUAAAACACUUAACGUCUAAAAUUACAUAACAGCUUAUCUAGUAACAUACUCGUACAUUUCCUACUUAACGCAUUGACAUGCGUAGUUAGACCAGUUAACCUAAUUGUUAAUAAGGUGUUUCGAAUAGUUUGAACCAAAGUUUAAUUUAAAAUUUCCGUUUACAAUGGAUGCUAAUUAUGAUAAGAGAAUCGCAGAGCUCAAGAGUAAGAUAAAGAGCUAUCCAGACUUCCCUAAAAAGGGUAUCCUCUUCUGGGACAUAUUCUCAGCCGUAUCCGAUGGCGCCACAUGCCGGUUACUCCAGGGCCUGCUGGCUGACACAGUCCGCAGCAGGUUUCCAGAUAUCGAUGCAGUAGUGGGGCUGGAGUCCCGGGGCUUCCUGUUCGCCUUCUCGCUGGCUGCGGAGCUUGGGGUAGGGUGUUUGCCUGUGCGGAAGAAAGGCAAGCUGCCGGGAGAUGUGGUGUCGUAUAAAUAUGAUUUGGAGUAUGGAUCAGAUAUUCUGGAGAUCCAGAAGGACUCGGUCAGUCCUGGCCUCAAGUGCCUCAUCGUAGAUGACCUCAUCGCCACCGGCGGCUCCCUGUCUGCGGCUGUGAGCCUCCUCAAGACCACAGGAGCUGACGUCUCUGGAUGCUUGGCGGUUCUGGAGUUGGUGUCACUAAAUGGUCGCAAAAACAUUCCUCAAGGUAUACCCGUGUAUUCUUUGAUCAAGUAUGAUUAGCAUUAAAUAAUGGAGCAUUUAAACUGUUAAUAAGAACAGCUAGAUAGGCCUAAGUGUAGCUAUCAGGAUUUUUAUUAUGUAUAUAUAUGUACAUACAUGUUUUGAUUGUAAAUCAAAUGUUUGUAUAUCAUCCCAACUAUUCCAUAUGGGGUUCGAAUUGAGCAGGCUCACUAAAUAAAGUACAAAAGCAUUUCGAAAUAUUAUUAAAAUAUAUACAUUCGUAUUAUAAUGUAUAGUGAUAAGAUUUACAAAAUAGUGAUUUAUACUUUCAUGAUUUGUACACAUUAUUUUUCACAACAAUGGCACUUAAUUGCGUAAAACAGCCUCGCUCGCAACGUCGGGAGUAUACGCUCGAAAUUUUAAACUUAAUAUUAUGCGAUUAAGUCCCGUCGUUGUGAAGUGGUAUGACAACAUUUUUACCGCUUUCUUCGUUUUUUUAGAAUUAGAAGGAAUACGUGUAUUUUUAUUGAAAAACACUACCUAAUCAUGUUAAAAAAUCUUGUACAAUGGUACAGAACCCUUCAUGUGCGUGUCGGGCCCGUUUUUUUAAGUAGAAGUAGUAUCAUAGGUUCAAUUGUGAUUUAAAAAUCUCAUCAUUCCUUUUGCUACCUAAUAAUUUAAGUACAUAUAAAUACAAGGAAGACGGUUUAUUAAAUAAAAUAUUUGUAUUGUUUUAA